GAAUAGCACUGAAAAUUGAGUUACUUUCAAUUGCUACUGGGACUUUGUUACUAUUUAACAAUUUUGGAUUGCAAAUAAGCUUCAGUUUAACUUGGAACCUGCAAAUUUUAAUGAGUACCAUGAUGAAUAAAAUGAAGGUGAGCAGUUUCGUGAUGCACAAUGUCUCCCAUGAUGCAGUCAAUAGCAGCUGGCACGCUGAGCUGAGCACCCAAAUGUCUUCUGAAUCUUGCAAAGUUGAGGCUGAUGCUACAGAGGCCAGUGGCUCAUCUCCCCCCCUAGAAAUGGUAGCAGUUUACAUCAAGGAGGAGCCUCAAGAUGGAGGAGAGGACAUGGCUGUGAAGGUGGAACCAAUUGACAGUAGUGAAAAAGAGUGCGAGGGAAGAGGGCAGCCCGCACCCGAGGGCGCCCCUGACGACGCUCCUGGCAGAGGCCGCGUCUCUGCAGCGUCCUGCUCCCAGCACCGCACCAACAGGCUUGCGGGUUCCCAGAUUGGAUUUGUUGAGGCCGAAGCUGCAGCCCAACAGCAGCAGCGCCGUGCAGAUGAGCAGGCAACCGCAAAGCCACACUCAUGCUCGCACUGUGCAUUUGGCUGCAGUUCAGAGCAGCUAUUGCAGCGACACAUUCGUGCAGAAUAUUCGAGAGAAUUGUCAGACCGAUGCUCUAAAUGUGAACAUAGUUGUUCCAGUAAACAAAAUCUCGAAUACAACAUUCCUUCGAAGCAUUCAUCUGUAAAGCCUCUAAGUUGCGCGGUAUAUUCUUGUGUCAAUAAACACGAUUUGAAAUCACAUAUACCGCGCAAGCUUUUAUCUCAUAAAGCUUUUAGGUGCUCAGAAUGUGAAUAUUUGUCUGUUAGUGAAGACGAUUUACAAUUGCAUGUCCUAUCGAAGCAUUCUUCUGAGAAACCUUUCAGGUGCUGGAAGUGUGAAUAUACUUGCUCCAGUAAAUAUUAUCUAAAAUGCCAUGUACUUUACAGACAUACAUCGCAGAAACCUCUUAGGUGCUCCGAAUGUGAUUAUUCUUGCGUGUAUAGAAGCAACUUAAGAGCGCAUAUACUACGCAAGCAUUCAUCUGAGAAGCCUUUGAGGUGCUCAAUAUGUGAAUAUUCUUGUGUUUUUAAAAGCGAUUUAAGGUUUCAUAUAUUGGGAACGCAUUCAUCUGUGAAGCCUUUCAGAUGCUCGGAAUGUCAAUAUUUAUGUGUCAGAAAGAGUGAUCUGCGAAGGCAUGUUCUAUACAAGCAUUCAUCUGACAAACCUUUUAGCUGCAGGGAAUGUGAAUAUUCGUGCGUUACUAAAAGUUGUUUAAGAAAUCAUGUACUAUAUAAGCAUUCGUCUGAAAAACCUUUCAGCUGCUCGCAGUGCUCUUAUACUUGCGUCGAAAAACGAAAUCUUGCCCGACACGUGCAAUCCAGACAUUCCCAGUUAACGUCCUCGCCUCUGAAUGUAUAAACAUAAUUAAACAAAUAAAUUUCUUCCAGUAAA